CUCCCAGGGGUUUGUCCCAGUCUAGCUGCCUCCAGUCUGAACCCAGAGAAGUCGCGCGGUUCGGUGCGACACGGCCCGGCCCGACAAUGGACAGGAAGGUGGCCCGGGAAUUCCGACACAAGGUAGAUUUCCUCAUUGAAAAUGAUGCCGAGAAGGAUUACCUGUAUGAUGUUCUACGCAUGUACCACGAGGCCAUGGAUGUCUCUGUGCUGGUGGGUGACCUGAAGUUGGUGAUCAAUGAACCCAAUCGCCUGCCCCUGUUUGAUGCUGUCCGGCCCCUGAUCCCACUGAAGCACCAGGUGGAAUAUGAUCAGCUGACGCCCAGGCGUUCCAGAAAGCUAAAAGAGGUGCGCUUAGACCGAACGCAUCCUGAAGGUCUGGGCAUUAGUGUGCGUGGAGGCCUGGAAUUUGGCUGUGGUCUUUUCAUAUCCCACCUCAUCAAAGGAGGACAAGCAGACAACGUCGGGCUCCAGCUUGGUGAUGAGAUCGUCCGGAUCAAUGGAUACUCUAUAUCUUCCUGUACCCAUGAGGAAAUCAUCAACCUCAUCCGAACCAAGAAGACUGUGUCCAUCAAAGUGAGGCACAUUGGCAUGAUCCCUGUGAAAAAUUCUCCUGAUGAGUCUCUCAAGUGGCAGUUUGUGGACCAGUUUGUGGCAGAGUCAGGGGGUGGAAGGGGUGGUCUGCCCUCUCUUGGAAACCGAGAACACAGAGAGAAGAAAGUCUUCAUCAGUCUGAUUGGUUCUCGAGGCCUGGGAUGCAGCAUUUCAAGUGGCCCCACCCAGAAGCCAGGCAUCUUUAUCAGCAACGUGAAGCCAGGUUCCCUUUCUGCAGAAGUUGGACUAGAGACAGGAGAUCAGAUUGUCGAAGUAAACGGCAUUGACUUCAGCAACAUGGAUCACAAAGAGGCUGUGAACGUGCUAAAAAGCAGUAGAAGCCUGACCAUCUCCAUUGUUGCUGGAGCUGGCCGGGAGCUCUUCAUGACAGAGCGGGAGCGACAGGCAGAAGUGCGACAGCGGGAGCUGGAUCGGCAGGAGCUGAUGCUGCAGAAGCGUCUGGCAAUGGAGUCCAAUAAAAUCCUCCAAGAGCAGCAGGAGAAAGAGAGACAGAGGAAGAAGGAGAUUGCUCAGAAGGCUGCAGAAGAGAAUGAGAGAUAUCGGAAAGAGAUAGAGCAGAUCACAGAAGAUGAAGAAAGGUUCAAGAAGCAAUGGGAAGAAGAAUGGGGCUCAAAGGGCCAGCUCGUGAUGCCUAAGACCGUCACAGCUGAGGUGCACCCGCCACCACCACGCAAGCCCAAAUUAGACGAAAAGGGAGUGGAGUCUCCACCACAUGCUGACGAUGACCUGAACGGAGGGACCAAGAAUCAGCGAGUGCAGGAUUUCAGGAAAUAUGAGGAAGACUUUAACCCUUAUUCCAUGUUCCUCCCAGAGCAGAUCACGGGGAAAGAUGUCCGGCUUCUACGAAUUAAAAAGGAAGGGUCAUUAGAUCUGGCUGUUGAAGGUGGUGUCGAUUCCCCCAUUGGGAAAAUUGUAGUGUCUGCUGUGUAUGAAGACGGGGCUGCUGAUCGUCACGGUGGCAUUGUGAAAGGUGAUGAGAUCAUGGCAAUUAAUGGUAAGAUUGUAAUGGACUUCACCUUGGCAGAGGCCCAAGCAACCCUACAGAAGGCCUGGAACCAGGGCGGGGAUUGGAUCGAUUUGGUCAUUGCAGUGUCCCCACCCAAGGAGUACGACGAUGAACUGACAUUUUUUUGAAGUCUAGGAGACACCAAAUCCACGCCUAGCUGACAUCCGACCUCUGAUUCUUCCAUCUGAACCUGUGACUGGUCAUCUGCUUUUAGGAAUGUCAUAUCACUCUGAUUUUGGUCCUCACAGACCACGGGAUCCUUUUCUGGGAGGUUCCACAAGCAGUCAGCAGGAUGUCUUCCCAUCUAUCAUUCAACACUAAUGCUUCCUUGAGCAUUCCUGAGCAGCUCAGUCCUGCCCACCUCCUCUCCAGGCUGAAGCCCAGAAGAGCCUGGAGGGAGCUCCCAGGAGGGGACUGGGGGUGGAGGGGUGACUUUGAUGAGACGGAGGGGAGUCCUUUAUCAGCACAGUACUUUGCUAUUUCUAAUUCCAUCUCCUUACCUGUGAAUUUGGUUUCUCCACAACCCCCAAAACUCCACAGAGAACUAUUAGGAAUUAGAGCUUCAAAUCCCUCCCUCUAUCUAUCUUCCAUCUCUGCCCAGAAUAAGGAUUUAGAGAAAAAUACCAUUAAGCUCUGGAGUACCCUCCCCAGUGCUCUCUGAAAUAUUUUCCUCGGGUUGCAAUUAUUUUGGGGUUGGGGGCAGAGUACCCUCCUCAAAACUGGCCAAUAAAUUGAUUACCUGACUGUCAA